AUGGUGGACCAACCAGCUCCGCCGUCGCCACUUCUGGCGCCGUCUCCGGAGGAGCCGCCAAUGCUGCGGAGCGUGCCCAGCGCUGGCAGCUUCCCACGACUGCCCGUCACACCGAUGACGCCGCGCUCACCGGGAUCUCCCUCCUCGUUUUUCCUCCACACAGGAACCGCAAACAUCGUCGUUCUGGCACCGCCAUCGCCGACCGACUCGAGCGUCUCUCAUUCAGCUACUACAGUGUCGACUGUCGCCUGUGAGGUCUGCGUAAAGGCCAGGAGAUUGCUGCGUAUGAACGUGGUGCAGCGCGUGCUAUCGGCGCUGGUGCUAGUGCCACUCAUCACGGUGUUCCUGUGGCUCUCGCCAGCCUUUGCCACUGCCACGUUCUGCACCUUCGUAACUAGCAUCUGCUCCUACGAGUACGCAUGGCUGCAACACCGUAUUUACCUGCGCGUGAUGACCAAGAUGAACGCCUGUGAGCCAGGAUUAAUGCACAGGGAUGCCGGGGCGAACCAGAGCAGCCGUGAUGGGGACGACAGCCGUGUGUCCGACAGCUUCAGUCGCAGCACACGAAGUGAGAGUGGCAGUAGCAGCAGAGAGAGGGUCGUGGAGACUUCUGCAGACACUGCGGGUGGCGUGUAUAUGAACAGAGGACGCACUGCGGUCAGUACUAGUGGUGAAACCGUGCAGUCGUCUCCAUUGACGCCCCCACCGCCGGCCAUGGCCUCAGUUGUGUCUCCUCAAUUGGACGAAACGCCUCGACAACGAAGACCCAGCCACGACAGCAACGUACUUGAGCACGAAGGUUACUUACAUGACUCGAGCUUCUCUAAUACUGCGGUGUCCAAAAUCGCCGCCAAAUACUUCGGACGGAACGAGUGGAUUGCUGCAUUGAUUUUAUCGGCGCUCGCAACUCUAAUCACUACGCCAGUAUUCCUGAUCUACGUCAAUCACAUCCCUGAGUUGCAGGAGAAGCAGCUGUUCAAACUGCGAUGGUUCUACAGCAUCGCCACAGAUUUCGUCGCCGCGCUCUGUGCUUUCUCCACGCCUAAUUGGAAGUAUGCAUUUAUCUGCCUGGUGGAGAAGGCAGUGUUUACAUUAUUGACGAUGCACUCGACUGCUUGUCCCAUCAACCGCUUCCGUUGCGGUGUCUCUCUGGAACCAGCUCAAGUUUUUCUGUCGGGAGUGGUAGUUAUCGUGUUCUUUCGCCUGCAAACGCGCACUUCAGGACCUGCCACGUUCCUACAUAUUGCGCUGGAUAUGCUCGGCUACUUGUACAUCAUCGGCAGUCUUUCGGUCAUCGUUGCGUUCGUAGAUGACGAACGACUGGAAUCAUAUCGCAAGCUUUUGAUCGUUCUGCUGUAUGUCGUGUGGGCGUCCGAUACUGGAGCUUAUUUGACGGGAAAGUUGCUGGAGCGGAUACACUACAGCUACUACAAUCCUCUGGCAUCCCAUUUAUCCAAAAACAAGGACUACGAAGGAACACUGGGGGCGAUACUAUUUGGUGUGACUGCUAUGUUCAUUUCCUCCGAUCUACUCAACGUACCAGGCUCUGCGGUCGCUCAAGUUGGGUUCACAGUGAUGGCUGUGAUAGUGGGGAGACUAGGAGACCUUUUUGAGAGUCUACUGAAGCGUGCAGCGGGUGUGAAAGACUCUGGCAAGCUGAUUCCUGGACACGGCGGUGUACUAGACCGUAUUGACGCCCUGAUGUUUGCCUCGCUCGUGUUCGCGCGGUAUUAUGCGUCAAUUGUGAUGUGA